GCUUGUAGUCCCUCCAUGUUAUUGAGAGAAGUGUUGGGGGCGAGUGAGGCCUCACCCACCUCUCACAUCUAUUAAUAACCUAUACGGCCACUUAUGACCUGUUUUUGUGAGAAAGACAGUUGGAUUAUGCAUAUCAGAGGCCUUUCUUCGUGUUCAAGGUCCAAUAGCAGACCGGAUUGUUGCUGUCUGCCAAACCAAGGAAGACCAGCACCUCUGGGUUGAUACCCUCACCCAACAGUGCCGUAUGGCUAGAGCCUCCAACUUCACCCCUCACAAAUCCUCGCUAACCUCUCCCCCUGUACCCCCAGCUCAUAGCACAUCUUUAGUGCCACGACAGUCCAGUGUGACUAGCAUCACAAGUAACACCGAGUCACCUUCAAGGAUGCAGCGCUGUGCAGGGGGAAAGGUUUGGAGCAUGUCUUGUCUCCGCCCAUCUCCACCCUUACGUCCUGGACUUUCACCUCGUGAUGACAAAAGAAGUCAACGGCAUACAAAACGGAAAGAUGACAAGUGGCACGAAGAUGAUGCAUUAAUUCUGCGAGUUAUAGAAGCUUAUUGCACCAGUGCCAAAACCCGAUAUACAGUUAACUCAACUUUACUGGAUAGUCCUCAGGUCUUGAUUGCUGAGGAAGAAAAGAUUAUCGUUGAAGAGACUCAUGGUAACCAGGUUGUUAUGGAAGAAAAGAGCCUUGUUGACACAGUAUAUGCUCUGAAGGAUCAAGUAGCAGCUCUCUUGCGUGACUAUCAGACUCUAAAGAAAGCCUUUGAGCUGGAACAACAGUCUUCAAGAAACCUCCGGAACAUCUUGAAACAACAUGUCCUUCCGGGGAGAGAUGAUAUUAAGUGGGAUAUUGAAGCUUGAUUAUUAUUUCCCUUUUGUGUAUUUAAAAUCACAAAGAAUAUUUUGCUGAUUAUUACUUUUUAGUUAUUUUUUCUCAUAUUUACACAAGUAAUUGUCUUAAAUCUGCAGAUUCAGCACAAGUACUGAUUCUAUAUAUAAUUGAAAAGAUAGACAUGAUUAUGGUUAUGGACAAAUAUUUUGUACUUUACAACAUGAAGGUGUUUAAAAUUGCAAAGAUUAUAAAUUUUGAUUCAUAUGCCAUUCAGGAUUUUUAUUUUCUUUGUAGUACUAUUUUGCUAUCAGCAAGUUUCAUUUAGUUUCAGUAAUCUAAGUAAGAUUGAAGGAUUCAUUUGUCUGAGUUCAAACAUUGGUUAUUGUUGGAAAUAUAGAAGAGUGCACACUAUGCUUUGGCAUAAUUUUAGCAAGGCCAUCAGCGAGUCGCAGACAUUCAUGCACUUUAGAUAUACAUUUCAUUUCUAUUGGAUAUAAUUUCCCAAACCACAAGACCUCUUAUUGGAUGGUUUUCACCACUGUUUACUAAGGUGAAGUUUAGAUUAUUAAAAUAUUUUGAAAUGAAAAGGAGAAAAUGUGAAAGGGCUUCCCAGAGAAAGUAGUAAAGGCCUGAAGAGAACAACAGUCUUCUUCUUUGAUUUAUUUUACAGAUGAAAAAUUAAUACUGUUGUUUAGGUAUUAAAUCAAUGAAUUUCAUGUGAAUGGGCUGAAGAUCAAUUCAUGUCCAUAUUAUGGACGUGAUCAUUUAGGGGAGACAUUCACUGAUUUGAAAUAUGGUUCAAAAUCAGCAAUGUACCACAGGAGAAAAUACAGUAAUCAUACAAGCUUCAUAGUGGGCUUUUCAAAAGCGUUUUUUGUAGCACAAUUGCCUCAAGUUGAAUUCUAUUUUCCUUUAGGAGUUAAGUAACCAGAGUCUUGGCAGUUGCAAUAUGAUACUUGUAAAUAGGGAAUGAUUGUGUUUCUUAUUCAGAGAGUGAUAAUUAACACCAUUAAAAUUCUGAAUGUGUUUCAAAUUGAAGCAUAUGUAUAUUUGUUGAUUAAUAAAAUAUUUAUGAAUUAAUUAAAAUAG